AUGACGCGCUCCCGCAGUCCGCGGCGCUCGCGCAGUGUGCACCGAUCUUCACACCGCCGCUCGUCCACGAAGCGCCGCUCGAGUCGUAGCCGCAGUCGCGACCGCUCGCGCCGCAGCAGUCGCAGGCAUCACCAUCGCCGCUCGCGCUCUACGGACCGCCACAAGCGCCGCCGACGGGACAGCGACCGCAGACGAUCCCGUCGACGGUCCCGGUCUAAGUCCGAUUCUGAUUCGCCGAAAAGGCGGUCACGGACGCGUCGAAAUCAGCCAAUGGAUGAGGUCCCAGCGGCGACAAUGGCCAAUACCGAGCGAGCUGCGGCUGUUGUGAACAGGCAGAAACGGGCGAAGGGAUCAGAUAGCGUCAAGCACGAGGUGGACAUGUCGCACAUGCCAAAAGGUGUGGAUCAGGAGAAGAAAGUUGUGGAGAAGCUGUGUGCUGCAGACGGACGAGAGACAGACGAUGCUGUGCGUGCUGUGGCACUGAGCGAGACAGCAGAGACAAAAGUCGACGAGAGGUGUCAAGUGAGUGCUGCAAAAUCAGCAGUAGACGUUCAUUCGAUCAAGGAAAACGUGCUAAAAGCGCUAGCAGAUGCACGGAGCACGAUUGCAGGCAUGAAGAAAAGCGGGACACGAGAUGGCUGUUGUGCGGUGACAAGCGCAGAGACGCCAGCGCUAGUAUCGGUUGUGAAAGAAGACGGACAAGAGCUCGAAGGAGGUGCACAGAAGGACCGAGCAGCAGGGGGGGUCGUGUCGUCAGAGAUGACGUCUCUGUCGCUGCGAAGGCCAUCUGAUGCAGCAGAAGAUACGAGUGCAGACGAGUUUGAUAUGUUUUCAAUGGCGGCCCUCGACGAUCAAGAAGACGCAAUGGACGGCCAAAACGUUGUGACUGCCGUCUCGGUGAAUGAAGUGUCGCUACAGUCAAAUUGCGACGAUGCUGAGGGGUAUUACUCUACCACUAUAGGAGAAGUGCUGAAUGGCAAGUACCGCGUGCUUGGAGCUGUCGGAAAAGGAGUAUUCUCUACGGUGCUACGCUGUCAGUGCAUCACUCCUUUGCAGACUACAGGUGGUGAAGCGCUGAGCGUCGUAGCCAUCAAGGUCAUCCGGAACAAUGACGUCAUGCGUGACGCCGCGCAUAUGGAGCUGAAGCUACUGAAAGAGUUGGGCGAACGCGAUCCACGAGACAAGAAGCAUUGCAUCCGGCUGCUGGAUUCGUUUUCUCACCGCAAUCACGUCGCGAUGGUCUUUGAACCGAUGCAAAUGAACGUCCGCGAGGCCAUGAAGAAGUUUGGCGGAAAAGGCGGCAUUUCGAUCCAAGCCGUGCGCGUGUUUGGUAAGCACCUGUUAGUCGCGCUCAAUCACUUAGAAUCGUGCGGAGUGAUACAUGCUGAUAUCAAGCCGGACAACAUACUGCUCAAUGAGAAGCAGACGACGGUCAAGCUUUGCGAUUUUGGAUCGGCUUUUCGAUCCGACGAUGGGAAGCAAGAUCCGACACCGUAUUUGGUCAGUCGCUUCUACCGCGCGCCUGAGAUUGUGCUGGGCCUUGCUUACAACAAAGCGGUAGAUAUGUGGUCUGUCGGUUGUUGUUUAUACGAGAUGUUCACUGGCAAAGUUGUGUUUCCAGGGAGCACGAAUAACGAGAUGCUCAAACUUUUUAUGGAGCUCAAGGGCAAGAUUCCGAACAAACUGAUCAAGAAGCAUCGCCAGGCAUACAUUGACCAGUUUUUGAUGGAGCCACACUUUACAGAAGACCUCAAGUUCUGCAGUCGAGAGAGCGAUCAAGUCACAGGUAAGCCUAUUUUGCGUUUACUGGGGACCUUCAAGACCAAGGUCGACCUAGCUGGUAGCUUGCUGGGCGCAAAAAGUGCUUCGGACGACCGAAAGCUGGUGCUUGAGCUUCGGGACUUGCUGGACCGGAUGUUCACGCUCGAUGCGUCAAAGCGCAUCUCGGUCAAGGACGCGCUGGCGCACCCGUUUGUGAAGGGAUGA